AUGAGCCGAGCUGCCGAACGUAGCCUUCUGGACCAACUUGGUCAGGACGCCGAGCUCUCAUAUGCGCUGGCUAUCAUCACGCACGCAAGGCCGGGCACCCGUUGCUACGAACUUCGCCAGCGCCUUGCAGGAGGCGCUCAUGGCAGACACGUCACAUUGCUGGCUCCGGACAACAGUGCAAUUGAGAGAUUGGUCAAGGCCAAGAGGAUGACGCCCGAGGUCUUCUGUCGGCUGCCAGAUGCAGCCGAGCUCAUGGCGGGGCAUGCUGUGGAGGAGCGCUGGCCGCUCGCGGCGCUGCGGAUGCUCGGGGCUCCCCUGGAGACCCUCCGUGGUGCGAACAUGACGAUGGCAUUCCUGCCCAGUGGCGACCGACGGGUGGCUGUGAAACUGGCCAGCUCUGGAGAUCGGCCCGUGGUACUCCGUGGUGACGUCGCCUGCCGAAACGGCCUCCUGCACAAGAUAGGGAAGAUGCUGGUGCCUGCAGCUGUCAAUAGGUGGCAGAGCAGCACCAGUUUGGCAGAUAUCCGUCAGAGGGCUUUUGACUCAAAGCAGGAGAUGCUGAAGGAUCGGGUGCAGAUGAACAGCAAAAUUGGCGCAGUGAGGCAUCCUGGACCAGUAAACAAGGCCAUCGAAAAGCGCCGAACUGCAUUCGCGUUGUUCGACCGCGAACGACCAGAAGCCUUCGCUCCGCUCUAUGGUACCGACUACGAACCAAGAAUCUACACAGGUGUCAAGGAGCUACCGGAGCACAGGGACAGAUCUCGACUGAGGAGCCAUGACCAGGAUAUGGGUCCAGACAAGACGCAGCCCUCAAUGCCACCGACGCUGGAAGAGGUUUGGGAGGAGUGGGAGCCGCUCCGGCGAGAAGAGCUGAAGCUGAGUGCGGAGCUAAAGCAGUUCCGUGAGCACCUCGACUCGCAGGAGGCCGUUUUCGCGGAGCAUGCCGCCUUUGUUCGCGAAGUGAUUCCAGGGGCAAGGCUGUCAUGGACACAGGCGCCUCAACAAGCCAUUAUGACGGUGCAACUGUUCAGUGAAUCUGAUUGUCAGCUGGUGCGAUCCAGUCUAUCUCGACAUGAUCCGUUGCUAGUUGAAACAGAGGUCCAGGUGGGUGGACGGACGAUUCCGGCUCAAAGCCGCCUCUGCGAUGUCCCGUCGAGCGCUCGACUACCGACAACGCUGACUGUAGCGGUGCCUGAAGCCAUGCCGGGUGGUUCUGCGUUUCCGAUGUGGAAGGCACCCGUUGAGUCCAUUUCGAAAGCUCCGGAGACGAGCAAGCGCUGGAUGCUACUGUUGGGCAAGCCAUGUGAGGACGACAAUGCUCUGGUCGCACGGGCAGCGGUAGAGGCCACGCGGUGCACGACACGCGGGACAGGAUUUCGCUUCCCGAAUGCCCGUCGAAAUGCAAUUUCUGCACCUGGUACAAGCAGCACGACCAGCACAUGUCCACCAUGCCUAUCAGACGGGCAGAGCAAGCCAUUUGCCAUGACGAAGCCUAUGCAGCCUGUUCAGCAAGUGCUGCCUGGACCGGAUGAGGAAUGGCAGCCACCUCUUGACCAUCCUGAGUAUUGUGAGACUUGGAACAUUCCCAUCACUCCCAUGAUUCCCAUGAAUCUCGUGGAGUCUUCAGCUCCUACACUGAUGAGAGCAGCUGCUGCGCAAGUCCACAGCACUGCGUUGCAGCCAGAACUGCGAUCCCAAGGUCCCGGAAACCAAGAACAUGGCCAGUAUGCCCUUCCGUGGCAGAAUGCGGACAAUGCCGACAAGCCUGCCUCCUUCAAGUCAUACCCCUCCCCCACUUCACUCCCCGCUUCGACACGUACUGAAGGCCAGCUCUCCCAGUCUGCUCGCGCGGAACGCACGGAACACACGAAAUAUGGGAAGACCCCAAGCACGGCAAGUUCCAUGCACAUGGAGGCCAUGGAGGCUAUGGAGGCCAGAAACUCUCGGUCAAGAUGGACACACAUGCAGUCUCUUUCGAGCCACAGCCUGCGGAACCUGCGCAACGGAAGCCGGUUCUCUGCCAACAAGGUGCUUGAACGAACCCCUUUGAUGCAAGCAGCAAUGGCCGGCGUGAUCUCUGAUGUGGAAGAGCUGUUGACAAGUUUGACAUCUCACCUGGAUCUGCAGGAUGAUAUGGGCAUGACUGCCCUGAUGUGGGCCGCCUGCUCGGCGGUAUAUCCACCCUCCAAGCCCCAGAGUUUUAUUGGAGUUAUGCAAAUGCUGCUGGAUGCCAAAGCCUCGGUGAACAUGGAGGACGACAACGGAGUCUCAGCACUCAUGCACACGCUCUCGGGACGGCUUGGCAUUCUCAACGAUCCGCUUCAGCAGCAGGAGGUCGAGGACUGCAGGCUGCGAACCAUCAAGCUGCUCUUGGAGAGACGAGCUGACCCAAACCACAGCUCUGCGGAUGGCUUGACGCCUCUUAUGCUGACAGCUACUUGCGGCACCACAACCGAAGUGCAGUUGCUUCUUGGAGCUCGGGCAAACAUGGAAGUCAAGGAUCAGCAUGGUUGGACAGCAUACCUCUGGGCGGCAAGCGAGGGACGUCUGGACGUGAUCCGCUGUUUGAGUCGUGCCGGAGCAAAAGUUACGCCAGCAGACCGUCCUUUGUGGGAGGAGGCUCUACGAGAAGUGACGUCCUCGGAGACGGUGGGGGAGCCCGGCAUGCAGCUGGAGAAGCUGUGUUCAGGCAUCGCCGGACAGGACGAAUCUGCAAGUCUGGGAGCCGUGCUGGCCUGGUUGGAAAGCCACGGCGUGCAAUGGGGUCUGCAUCAGCGUUGGAGCUUCGCAAGAUUCUUCGAGGCAGCGGAGGCAGCCGCCGCUCCCGGCAAGGAAGGCAUAUCUCCAGAGGAGAAUCUGCAGGAAUCCGAGCUGACGGAUUUGUUCCGGCUUCGCAUAAAGAAGAAGUCCCUUGCCGCCUUCUUGAACAUGCCGAAGCUGCCGGAGGAGCAUCAUGAGCUCCAGUCAUUCGUGGGCCACUUGCGGCAUCUUGCAGCUGAUCUGCGAACAGGCAAGCCAACUCAGCGUCUGGAGCAGGAGGUGAAGUCUCAGUCGGCCGAGCUAGAGGUCCUCAGAGGAAGGUUGGAGGUCAUGGAGUCCAGCCUGCCAACCCCGUGGUCACCGCCCGUCGCCACGUGGCAGGAGCUACUUGGCACCCCACCUCCACCUCUGUCGCCUGAGGAGUUGCUGCCAAUGGUUCACGAGAUGCUGGCAGAUGCCAGGACAAAGGCUAUGCAACGCUCAGAGCAAGCAGCCCUGGCUGCAGAGGCCUUGAGGGCCAGUGCGGACAAUAAAUCCCGCCAAGUCAUCUGGGCAGAAUCAAAGGCGGCUGCCAAAGAAGCAGAAUCAGAAGUCCUGCAGGCAGAGCUCCAGGAGCAGGCGCAGCAUCUUCAAGAACUCGAGAUGGAGCGGAUUCGAGGCAAAAGAAGAGAAGCUGCGAAACAGACGUUUGCUGCGGAGGAGGAAACUCGACAAGCAGAUGCGCUUGCACUGCAAAAAAGUGCUGCUAAGGUGCAGCGAAUGUGGAGGCAUCGCCAAGAGAUGGCUCAGCGUCGAAUUCGAGCAGUGCUGCUCCUGCAAUUCUUUGUUCGACGCUGGCGACGAAAGCGGCAGCUGGCCGCUCGAAAGAUCCAAGCUCGCUGGUCCGGCCUGAAGCGUGUGCCACAGAGCAUGCAAGGAGCUGUGAGAAGCGGUGUCUCACUGAUCGGACGUGGAAUUCAGUCAGCUGUCGGAAGACAAAGUGUGAAGAUGUGCGUGUUCGCGGGUUUGGUAUCCAUGUCCUGGUGGGCGCCUGGCACGAGCCAAGAGUUGGACAUGCCGUGCACAAGUCUUCCAUGCCCUACCGGAUACUUGCAGCGCUGGGAUGCCGACAGCACCUUCUGUGCCGGUGCAUGUAACUCCUCGGACGCAGAGAUGUGCUGCUUCAGAAAGGGCUUUGCAUCACACAGCUGGCGCAUCGUCGCCUCUUCCACUGUUGGCGAAGCUUGGGAUCUGGCAGCGUUGCGAUUCUACCUCGCCGAGAAUUGCUCGGCGGACUCCUUGAUAGAAGCCGUCCCAAGCAGGCGUGGUGGUGCUAAUGGUCAAGCCUUCUCACAUCACAGAGGGCGUGGAGCUGUUGCGGCGGAGCUUUUUCAUGAACCUGUCCAGUUCCCGUCGUCGACACUGCAACUUCAGCCCGUGAAGUGGUCGUCGGGUGCUCCGUGCGCAGCCGGAGAGUGCUUUGUGGGAUUUUCGUGGGAAUCGGAUGGCACCAGGAAACCCGUGGGGAAUUGCAAGAAGACGCGCGGCAGUUGCCCAACAGUUGGCUACGUGCGAAAGGCAAGCGCUUUCCGAGUUGCCUGCGCAGAAGUGGAGCAGAGUGAGAGCUCCGGCUUCUUUGCCGAAAGCCUGCGCCUGCAGAUGCUGGACCUCGAUGCAAGGGACUCCAACACCUCGGAGGGCUCGGGGCUGUGGCGAACGGCCGCGGAAGCAAGGAACUUGCUGGGUGGGCUGGCAACGCUGCGGCAGAGCAACGCGUGA